AUGCCUGGAGCUGCCGCCGCCGCCGCCGCGAUGCUCCCGGCUCAGGAGGCUGCCAAGCUGUACCACACCAACUAUGUGCGGAACUCGCGGGCCAUCGGCGUGCUGUGGGCCAUCUUCACCAUCUGCUUUGCCAUCGUCAACGUGGUGUGCUUCAUCCAGCCCUACUGGAUCGGAGACGGCGUGGACACCCCGCAAGCCGGCUAUUUCGGGCUCUUUCACUACUGCAUCGGCAACGGCUUCUCCCGGGAGCUGACCUGCAGGGGCAGCUUCACGGACUUCUCCACGCUGCCCUCGGGUGCCUUCAAAGCCGCCUCUUUCUUCAUCGGCCUCUCCAUGAUGCUCAUCAUCGCUUGCAUCGUUUGCUUUACCCUCUUCUUCUUCUGCAACACAGCCACCGUGUACAAGAUCUGUGCUUGGAUGCAGCUCACCUCCGCUGCCUGUCUUGUGCUCGGCUGUAUGAUUUUCCCCGAUGGCUGGGAUUCAGAUGAAGUAAAACGGAUGUGUGGGGAAAAGACAGACAAGUACACCCUCGGGGCCUGCUCCGUCCGCUGGGCGUACAUCCUGGCUAUCAUUGGAAUACUGGAUGCCUUGAUCCUCUCAUUUCUCGCCUUUGUACUCGGAAACCGACAAGACAGCUUGAUGGCAGAGGAACUGAAGGCAGAAAACAAAGGUAAGAUCACUAAAGGGACUCUGAGUGGAGACCGCAAGCACAAAAACUAA